CAAGAAACUUUGAUACAAGAAAGGUACGUGGGGGAAUUGUUUGGUCGGUUCAGUAGAAAAGGAAAUGGAAGACAGUGAUGAAGAGAAGAGCUGCAGUAUAUACCCGAGCUUGGUUCCACUCGGUAGCGAGAUCAAGGCCAGGAUGACGCAGUUUGUGGCGGAAAGGACAGAGGCCAACAUGUGGACGGCUGUGCUAAUUGGAGCUGCGACCGUUGUUUCUGUCGUCGGAAUUGUUGUUUUCCUUCUUUACAGAAGAUACAAACUGUCAAAGGAGGCCGGCGUUCCACACUAUCGCUUUAGGAAGAGAGACAAGGUGAUGUUCUACGGACGAAAGAUCAUGAGAAAGGUCCAGACAUUGUCCUCAGCGCCUGUCUCUGCCUCAAACUCAGCUUCCCGUCAGAGAGUGAGGAAGAGGACCAAAGUCCUUUCUAUAGCUCGCAAGAUCCUGCGCAUCCAAAAGGAGCCCCCCACCCUGCAGCCCAAGGAGCCUCCUCCCUGUCUGCUGGAGGCUGACCUGACUGAGUUUGAUGUGAAGAACUCCAAUCUGCCAUCUGAGGUGCUGUACAUGCUGAAAAAUGUCAGGGUGCUAGGCCACUUCGAGAAGCCUCUUUUCCUGGAGCUGUGUCGCCACAUGGUGCUGAUCCCGCUGCAUCAGGGAGAGGCACUCUUCCGACCGGGUGACACUGACGACAGUAUUUACGUGGUUCAAGAUGGCCGCCUGGAGCUGUGCAUCCAUGAGAGUGAUGGUACAGACGCUGUGGUGAAGGAAGUUUUACCAGGAGACAGUGUUCACAGUUUGCUCAGUAUCCUGGACAUCAUCACUGGCUAUCCUGCACCUUACAAAACAGUGUCUGCAAGAGCUGCAGUUCCCUCCACUAUCCUGCGUCUUCCAGCUGCAGCCUUUCAGUCAGUCUUUGACAAAUAUCCUGAAACUCUGAUCCGUGUCAUCCAGAUAAUCAUGGUGCGUCUCCAGAGAGUGACCUUCCUUGCCUUACACAACUACCUUGGCUUGACCACUGAGCUCUUCAACCCGGAGAGCCAAGCCAUCUCCUUGGUGUCGGUGGCCCAUGUUCUGGGCGAGGGUCUUCCACACAGAGGAAUCCGCAGGCAGCCUUCCCACUCUGAAGAUCUGGGCUCUGAAAAAGGUGAUGCAGAAAAGUCCAGCUUGUCUGACAUGUCUACGUCUAAAUACAAGAAAACUCGCUCUGCCUCCACCCCGCUGGCUGUUACAGGUGAAAUGUCAGCCGACCUGAACAGAGUAUAUGAACGGGCUCAAGUUUCCAAAGAAGACGCUCUGCAUCACACUGUGAAGUCUAUCCUCAAGAAGACUGUGACAAUGCAGCCCGCUCCCUCUGCUGUUUACCACUAUAGUGAUGCUGGGGAAGGAAACCUCCAGCAUAAUAAAGUUAAUGCCAUUUUCCAAGCUGCCAAAAAGGAUCUGCUACAGGUCAUCCAAAUACAGAACCCCAGUCUGCUGGAGGGGAGGGUGAAUCUUCGGCAAGUCAAAGCCGGUUCGGUCGUGGCCCGCCAGGGAGACCAGGAUGUGAAUGUGGAAUUUGUCAUCUCUGGGUCGCUCCAUGUUUACCAGCGUAUGAUAGACCGUGAGGAGGAGACCCUGCUGUUUGUCACCCACCCAGGGGAGAUGGUGGGUCAUCUGGCUGUUCUCACGGGAGAGCCCCUUAUCUUCACUGUCCGAGCUCACAGAGACUGCACCUUCCUCUCCAUAUCCAAGGCCCACUUCUAUGAGAUGAUGCGUGAGGAGCCCAGGGUGGUGUUGAACGUAGCUCACACUGUGGUGAAGAGAGUGUCACCAUUUGUCAGACAGAUUGACUUCGCACUGGACUGGAUGGCUGUGGAGGCUGGCCGUGCCGUCUACAGACAGGGAGACAAGUCAGAUAGCACCUUCAUCGUCCUCAGUGGCCGACUGCGCUCCGUCAUUGCAAAGGAUGAUGGGAAGAAGGAGCUGGCUGGAGAGUAUGGCCGUGGGGAUCUAAUUGGUGUGGUUGAGGCCCUGACCCACAUGAACCGGGCCACCACAGUCCACGCCGUCAGGGACUCAGAGCUUGCCAAGCUACCUGAGGGGGCUCUGAACUCCAUCAAGAGGAGGUAUCCUCAGGUUGUCACCAGGCUGAUUCACCUGCUGGGGCAGAAGAUCCUGGGCAACAUGCAGCAGGUCAAUGGACCCCUGGCUGCUCGAAGUCUUGCUCUCCACACCCCCACCAGCAAGUGGGAUUCUGGGAAUCCAGCGUCCAACCUGUCUACCGUGUCCAUACUGCCUGUGUCUGAGGAUGUCCCCCUCACUGCCUUCACUCUGGAGCUGCAGCAUGCUCUCAGUGGCAUCGGUCCCACUCUACUCCUGACCAGUGACACCAUCAAACAGCGCCUAGGCUCUGCUGCUCUGGACAGUGUCCAUGAGUACCGUCUGUCCAGUUGGCUCGGGCAGCAGGAAGACAUCCAUCGAAUAGUCCUCUACCAGUCUGACCCUAGCCUCACGCCUUGGACCCAGCGCUGCAUCCGCCAGGCUGACUGCAUCAUCAUUGUGGGACUGGGCGAGCAGGAGCCCACUGUGGGUGAGUUGGAGCGAAUGCUGGAGGGCAGUGCAGUACGCGCUCAGAAGCAGCUGGUGUUGCUGCACAAGGAGGAUGGCCCGCCGCCCAAAGGGACGGCCGAGUGGCUGAACAUGCGGAGCUGGAUCUCCAGACAUCAUCACCUGUCCUGCCCCCGCAGAGUGUUCUCCCGGAGGAGUUUACCUAAACUGAGAGAGUUGUACCAGCGCGUGUUUGAAAAGUCUCCAGAUCGCCAUUCCGACUUCUCUCGUUUGGCAAGGAUUCUGACAGGAAACAGCAUUGCCCUUGUGCUGGGCGGAGGGGGCGCCAGGGGUUGCUCUCAGGUCGGUAUCCUGCGGGCUCUGAAUGAGGCGGGGAUCCCUGUGGACAUGGUGGGCGGCACCUCCAUCGGCUCCUUAAUGGGAGCGCUGUAUGCUGAGGAGAAGAACAACAGUCGCAUGAGGGUCCGGGCUCGCGAGUGGGCCAUGGAUAUGACCUCUUACUUUAAGAAGAUCUUGGACCUGACCUACCCUGUUACCUCCAUGUUUUCUGGAGCUUCCUUUAACUCUGGCCUUAGCUCCAUCUUCAAGGGCAAGCAGAUAGAGGACCUGUGGCUACCAUACUUCAACAUUACAACAGAUAUCACAGCUUCCUCCAUGAGAGUUCACACUGACGGUUCGUUGUGGCGGUACGUCCGAGCCAGUAUGUCCCUGUCUGGUUACCUGCCCCCUCUCUGUGAUCCCAAAGAUGGACAUUUACUCAUGGACGGAGGGUACAUCAACAACCUGCCUGCCGAUGUGGCUCGUUCUAUGGGGGCCAAGGUUGUGAUCGCAAUCGAUGUUGGUAGUCGGGAUGAAACCAACCUAACCAACUAUGGGGACUCCCUGAACGGGUGGUGGCUGCUGUGGAAACGCUUCAACCCUCUGGCUGAGAAAGUUAAGGUCCUGAACAUGGCCGAGAUCCAAACCCGGCUUGCUUACGUGUGCUGUGUGCAGCAGCUGGAACUGGUAAAAGAGUGUGAAUACUGCGAGUACAUUCGGCCGCCCAUCGACCACUACGGCACGCUGGAGUUCGGCAAGUUUGACGAGAUCGCUGAGGUGGGAUACCAGCACGGAAAGACAUUAUUUGAUGUGUGGCAGCGCAGUGGCGUGGUGGACAGCAUGCUUAAGGACAGACAUCAGGAGGAGUUCCACAAGACCAAAACUGGCCAUGUGGUAACCUGUCCGAAUGCCUCCUUCACAGACCUGGCAGAGAUAGUGUCAAGAAUCGAACCUGUGAAGAAUGCCUUAAUCAAUGAGGAACUGUCUGAUGAAUACCAGACAGACUAUGAUGAGGAGGCGGUGGAAAGCGCUCUAUCUGACUUUGAGACGUUCAACGCCGGCAGUGAACACACAGAAGGAGAGGAGACGGCAGACACUGCUGAAACUGAUGAGGAAAUUCAAAUCCGAGUUCGACACCAGCUGAAGAAUGCCCGGCAAAGCUCGAGGCCAUGACAUCCAUCAAAGCCUGACUGCCUGUCAGGGCUGCUGAAGAUGGUCCACAACGAGCGCAUUUCAUUUCAGUAUUUCUGGAAAACUUUGAUUCACUGGGUUUGAAUUACAAACAUGUAGCCUGUUCUCUUAUCCAAUAAGCAGCCAGGUAGCUCAGUGUCUUCCUCAAAGACAGUUGCUGGAUACAGUGACUUGUUGUUAGGGAUGUCGUUUCAACUGAGAGAAGAGCCUCAAUGUUUCCUGUACCUUGUAGAGUUCAGUGGUUUAAACAGUUAAGUCUAUAUAAAUAAAAUAGGAGUAGAAGGGAUAUUCCCAUUCAAGUCAACUUAGUUGGAUGGUCAGAGCAGCAGCCAUUUUCAUGUGUACCGUUGCCUUUUUGUCCGCUGUAGCGGGCUAACAUCCUUAUGAAAUCAUCAAAGUGGCAGAUUUAGUGAGGUGAGGUUUUGCAGUAACGACUAAAACAAGGAGUGGAGUAGUUGCGUUACAGAGCGUAGAGAGGCUGAAUAAAUGAGUCAAAUGGAACAACGCAGUGCUUCAUCCACACACUCUUUUCACAGUAGCAGAGCACAUUGCUAUCAUCAGUUAGGUGACAACUUUGUUUGGCUCAUUUCCUGUUACCAUUUAAGUAUCAUGGAAUUAAGUGGCUGGCUAGCUACCUAGUGGACAGCUGGCUAGUUGGCCCCCAUCUUUCUGGAGAAGGAUGAGCUAACAUUCGUUACCUAGCUAACUAGACAGCCAUCCGUCUCCCGGGCUACGUCCGCUGUCUUCCCCGGCGAGCUGCAAAAACACUUUGUUCCCUACUGAUGUGUGUUAUCACCAUAACAACUAGCAACAAUUGCAAUUUUCUUCUGUACCAGUUAAAUUUUUCCACUUUUUUGACACAUCAGUUGUGUGUAGGGCAAUUUCUUGCUCUGUCAUAGUUAGAUAGAAUUGUACCACCACGCAAGACUUGAAAAGAUGGGUAUCUUCAUACAAGCACAUAGUGCACAACUUGAAAAUGCGCUGCAAUUUUUCUUUCAUGUAACAUAAUGUAUAUUAUGCAGUGGUACAGUUCUAUGCGUAACUGUUUCCUACGAUAAUAAGCUUGGAUCCAUAAAGCACUGUAGAGUAUGUAACAUGGGUUUUAUGUGCAUAGAAUGCACUUUAAGUAUAGUGUUAGCCUCAUAUUUUUCAUUAAUGAAGGUAUUUCUCGUCUUUCAGGGAAGGAAUAUCUAGUAUGAACAAUGACUAUAUUAAGCUUUUUUUUAUAUAAGCAAAGCAUCGGAUGUAUAUCAUGAGCGUAUUUCCUACAUCGAGCCAGACUAUUUAGAAAACAUGGAAGAGUCUAUAUUUUCUAAGUUCAAACAAUAGUACUACCAUUUGUGCCUGUCGUUCUGAGAUUUCCACACCACCCUCAGCACUGCAUGAGAAUGGCAUAAUGAAAUGGAUGUGCUGAGUGCCAGCUCUAUUUUCAGCUCAGUAACACUUCAUUUGCCAAUUCUUUAGACUUUUAGACUUUUCUUCAUGGCAGGCAUUUAAGCUGUGUUUAAUACUUUAUUUCAUACUAUAUACUUUAACCAGGGUCUGAAACUGUAUACUCCAAAAACUUAAUUAAUAACAAAUGCUUCCUUUUGGGUGUACUUUAAAAGUACAAUUAUGUCCCUCAAUGCAAAGCACAAAUUUGGGAAAUAAGGUAACAAGCAAAAUGUGAUUAUAUUUUUUGUGACCUGGACAAUGUCUUCACAAAACAAGGAGGAACAUAUUUCCUCUUUUUAUACUAGUUUUUGUUAUUGAACUUGGAUAGGAGUAAGUUUAUUAAUUAGUUUGCAUUUUUACAGGGACUCACCUAAUAUAACAGAAACUACCAGUCAGCUCAUGUAUCUUUACUGUAGACAGUACCAGAUACCUGUUAGAGAAAGUGGACUUUUUUAAUGUCAAACUCUUUGAUAGAAUGAGAUUCAUAGAACGUGAUUGCUACUGUAAAUGUGAUCAUGAUUAACACCCAGAACUAGCUAACAGUGAUACUCACAGAAAAUCACAGAACCUGCCAUUUAAUGCAACAUUAUGCUUUUUGACUCAGUGAUUCAUUGUUUUAAGUUUUUAUGACUGAAAGGUACAAAAGGAAAGAUGUUAAGAAUAUUGUGUCUUUGAUCAUAAUCUAAAUACCAAGUUUGUUUGUUGAUUUUGUGUUAAUAGAAUAUUUUCUGUUAGAUGUUGCAUCAACGGAAUAAUGCUGAAUAAUUUAGAAUAUUUAAUUAUUAGGUGAUAGUAACGUAUGCACUGAUAAAAUUAGAACGAAAAAGUCUAUAAAUUAAUAAAUCUGUGGAAUCCAAAAUUAUGAUAAAAAUGUUUGUUGAUAAUAAAAUAAAAUUGUUACUG